AUGGAAGAUCAAGUUGAAGAUAUUGAAUUAAGGCCUGCAACUGUAUCCCGAAACCUGACUACCAAAAAUAAUGUAGCUCGUCAAGUUGCCAUCAACUUCAUGCCUUCGCGCCAAGCACCAUAUAAUACAUUACGCUUGAGGAGAGUGAACAGUGAGAACAAUGCACUAUUAGAUGCAGUGGCAUCUGAUACCCCAGAUGCGGCUAAUAAACAAGCCGAUAUCAUUGUACGGGAGAUGGAACUACAUACGCAUUUAAUGCAAGAUGAUCCUGUGUCUGAGGAACUUAGAAGGGAGGCCUUACGGGAUCUUCCUCAGGGAUUGACAAUGAAACGAAACGUGAGAGCAAAACUUUCGGCCUCUGUCAGUUUGCGCUCAAAGAGGAAACCAAUUUCUGUAUUCAAGAGAUUCAAGUACCGUCUCAGUUUCGUAUGGAAACGGACUCGUGAACGUUUUCGUGACCUAAUCUUCUCAAUACAACUGUGGUAUGAGCCGAUACGCACCAUCGAAGGCCAUUUGGGUACAGCGGUUGGGUCGUACUUUCAUCUUCUGCGCUGGCUUUUCAGCCUGAAUCUGCUGUUGAGUGGAUUGGUGGUUUGCUUUUUAGUAGUGCCUCAAGUGCUUCAUGAUCAUAGUAACUCUACGGCUACUGAUUUUCACUGGUUGGAUUUCAUCAGUGGUAAGGGUGGACUAGAAGAUUCUCUUUUGUUCUACGGCCACUACCACGAUGGUGUUAUUAACGGCUCUCUUCCCCUCUCUUACAACAUGCCCUUCGCGUAUUUCUUCACGAUGUUCUGUAUCUACGUGGGGUUCUUUGUGGUGUUCUGUUACAGGACGGCGUACUCGUACCGACGCAACUUCAUAGAGACUUCGGGCGGACUGUCCAACGUGUUCGCCAAUAAAGUGUUCUGUGGCUGGGAUUUCGGCAUCGUGUCUGCGCAUGCCGCUUCGCUUAACGCCGCCAGUCUCGUCAACGAAUUUAAGGAACUCCUAAGUGAAAAAUACAAGGUCAAAGUCAAAAGAUCGCUAUGUAUGAAAAUUUUCGAGUAUAUAGUGAACACAAUAGUAUGGGUGACCGUACUGGGGAGCAUGGUGGCUCUCCAUUACGGUGUGUGGUCCCUCCGGGCGAUGAACACGCGGACCGCGAACUGGAAUCUUCUGGUCUCCUUGAUAUUGACCUCUGUGCUGGCGGUGUGUCCGCUGUUGUUUAAUUUUCUCGUCAGAUUGGCAGUUCUCGACCCGACCCUUUUACAUCUUUCUAGUGACUCUGGCCUCGGACCUUUAUACAUCACUACGCUAGGCUUGAACUCACAUUCGGCCUCCAGUACGAACGAAUUAAAAUGCUGGGAGACGGUACUGGGCCAAGAGGCGUACCGCCUCGUUCUGCUGGAUUCGGUGGUCUCCUUGCUGCUUCUGCCUGCGGUCGAGUUCCUUAGAAUUUUGAUAUUUAAGUUGAACCCUAAAGGCUCAGGGCCAGAGUUUAAUAUCGCGUACAAUUCCCUGACGCUGAUCUACAACCAAGCCCUGCUGUGGCUGGGCUUGCUGUUCUCGCCCUUGUUGGCCGUGGCGGUGACCAUCAAGUUCUUCCUCUUGUUCUAUAUCAAGAGAGUCAGCGUUUUAAGGGCGUGUCGACCGGCUAGGAAGGUGUGGCGCGCUGCGCAGACGCAAACGGUGCUGUAUAUGUUUGUCACUCUGUCUCUCUUUACCACUCUUUUCGGAAUCGGAGUCCUUUUCUUAGCGAGCACGUCAAACGCGUGCGGUCCGUUCCGUCAGUACGAGCCCGUGAUCGCUGUAAUCAGCGAAGGGGUGUUGGGGCUGUCCACUCACCAAACGCUCAACGCCAUCAUCACGUUCAUCAUCAGACCCGGGGUUAUCGGAUUCCUCUUUGUUGCGCUUUGCGUGUCCGUAUACUUCAUGCGUGCCAAGUCAAUUGCCCAGCGCUCCAUGGUCGACCUCUUGCGGCAGAUGCUGGUGCUUCAAGCCAAGGACAAGGAUUUCCUCCUGACCGCCAUCGCCAAAGUCUCCAAUGGGGAAUGGCUCUACAGCCCGAAGCCCGAGGAGAACGCUGACAGUCACACCUGGCGUUACUUCCACGAGGUGCGGAAGCCCUCGAAUGCGGGUUAUCACUUCGACGGGUCCCGGCUGAGCCACGCGUUCGAUAGGUCCGAUAAACCCGUCAGGCCGAGGUCGGAGAGACCCCAAUCGCUCAAGACCGACGGGGACACGGACAGCUCCUUCAGUUGGCAAGGGUCGAGCAAUUACCUGAACGAUCUGGAGAAUAGGAGAAUGAUUUGA